AUGACUGCUCAAAUGACUGCUCAAAUGACUGCUCAAAUGACUGCUCAAAUGACUGCUCAAAUGACUGCUCAAAUGACUGCUCAAAUGACUGCUCAAAUGACUGCUCAAAUGACUGCUCAAAUGACUGCUCAAAUGACUGCUCAAAUUAAUGCCGCUACCUCUCUGUUCUACAAUGAAAUCUUCGAUCAUUAUCUUGCACCUUCCCAGCAUUUAUAUCAAAGAGAUGUACCGGUGCUCGUUGAUUACGAGACUUUCUCGAGGCAUCCCAUUGUGGACACCUCUAAUAAGAUGAUGCGUUCGCUGUUUGAAGGCUAUCGUCCUACUUUUACGGCCCAUAGUCUGGGACGGGAGGCGAAAUCACUUCUGCGCCUCACGCCGUCCCAGCAGAUGUGUUACUACGAUGAUAGAUUGUUUGGUGGAUAUAUCACCCUCUUGAUGGACCGUAUUCUGGCCGAUUGUUGCAAACCAGCCUUCACUGCCUACUUGAAUACCUCAUUCAUUCAUCCAGUUCCACCCUCAGCACCAAUACUUCUACGUGCAUGGCCGGAGAAAGUCGAAGGUCGCAAGGUCUUCCUCAGAGGAAGUGUACAAAUUCCUGGAAAAGCGCCUCAUGAAUUGGUCGAUGCUAUCCGGACAGACGCGCUUUUCAUCAGACCAAGACCCUGA